UAUAACGCACGUUUACUAAUACAACUCCCAUUCAAAGCAGUGUCAUUCUACACUCAACCGUGGUGUGACAAACAGUGCCGUAUUUAUUGAAUUAUUGAAUUUAUUUCCUUAUUGUAUUGCAUAAGCAAUAAUAUUGUAAACAUGAAGACGUUGUGUGUGUUUGUGAGUUUGUUCGCCUGCGGUUACGGUUGGGGGAGAGGUGACUUGGAGAAAUAUGGACCCUUUCAGUUGGCGUUACGAUCGAAUAUGAUAAAAUGUGACCACAGCAGAGAUCUGAAUUACGACGUGAGCGCAAUCGACGUCUGGUUCUAUGACUGGGAAAAGAACGAAGUCCGAACCUUCAAAAUCAACAAUGCUAGUGAAGGAAUUCUCCAAUACAGAGACCUUGACAAGGUCAAGCAAUUCUUCGUCUUCGUCGGCGGCUUUAAGUCCCACAUAAACAAAAAAACUGAAGCCCAAAUCAGGGAGACCUUUAGGAACUAUCCAAAUAGCUACCUGAUCAUCAUUGACCAUUCUGCCUACACACACGACAAGGACGGUGCUGUCAAAAGUUACGAAAGAUCUGUCAGAUAUGUCCACUACAUCGGGAAAGCAAUAGCUGGUAUGCUGGCAGGUUUGACGAAAGGAGGAAUCUCACCAAAGAGCAUGCGUUGUAUUGGACACAGUUUGGGGAGCCAAAUCUUGGGACAGACUGGAGAAGCAUUCCACAAUAUAACCAGUGCGAAGAUUUCAAGGAUAACAGGUUUGGACCCGGCUGGUCCGUGCUUUUCUAAUAGUUUGACUCAGGAACAGAUAAGGUCUGGAGUAGCUGAGUACGUAGAGGUAUACCAUUGCAACGCAGGUGGUCUCGGAACGACCAGUGUUCUGGCCGAUACAGACUUCUUCGUUAACAAGAAAGGGCAAUCUCAACCUAACUGCAAGACUCCUUUGAUUCCUGGUAUAUUUGACUCUCCUAAAGCUGCUAAAUGUAGCCAUAGAGCCUGUGUGGAUAUCUGGACGUCGACUGUGCAGCGGCCGAAUUGGUUUCCAGCGUACAAAUGUGACUCGUAUAAGCAGUUCAAGGAUGCGAAGUGUUCGCCCAAUGAUAUUACCACUGCUGGGUUCUGGAAUCCUGGUAACGCUACUGGGGUUUAUUACUUCUCAACUGAAGGUUAUGACGUUCCAGCUACUCCAGUUAAACCCCAAUAAUAUUGAAAUGCCACAGUGAGCUUGUUGGUUAUGUUUGCUUGAAAUCGCCGGUGUGGUCGAUGAUUUCCUUCACACAGCGCUAUCGACUUACCAGAAUCGAUUAAUUCUUUCAAAUGUCUCCGAGAAGUCCUCUCAGGCGACUCCCUGAACCGAGGUUCGCAUCGUUAGGUCUGGUGUCUUAAUUUUUUGUAACGAGAGCCCUUAGCGCUCCCAGCGGCCAUGUAGUAAA